ACACUUGAACAAUCUUCUUUACGAAAAAAGUAAGUAUUUUCUUCAGCCUAGAGUUUUGAAAUUCACGACAGAGAACAUAGAACUACUUUUGUGAGCAAAGUGAUCGACUCCAAUGUUAUGGAUCUGAUGGAAUUUUCAUCGAAUGGUUUGUAAUUUAAUGAAGUAGGAAUAAGAAAAAAGUGAACGCUUCGUUAUUCUUUCUCUUUGUCAUAUGGUGCAGAAAUUUACAUUCAAAACAAAUGCCCGCCAUGCGUACGCCGGUCAUGUAUUUGAGCAAACGCUGAGUGGUUCUCCUUUUCACACAUGUGUUGUUGCAUGUUCUUAUCACAGAACUGUCAAAUUCCGUUUGACACUACUGUCAUGGUUUCUUUUUUCAUUUUGUCAAAUCGAUGUGCGUCUGUCUUGAAGUAAACAACAAUAUUCCACAAUCAUGGAUAAUCUGAGUAAUCGCAAAAUUAAAUAAAAUAACCUAAAAAGGCAGCAUUUGCUUGAAUAUUGAUAACAAAUUAAAAUACUGUGUAAGACGCUCGCUACAAUGGGGGAUAAAUGACAUUCCAGAAAAAGUCUGAAGUUGUGUGCUACGAUCGAUACCUUGCAGUUUCAAGUGAUCUACGUGUUAUAUUGAGCGAUCGUUAUUAGUGUUUGACCUUUAAAACUUUCGAUUUCAGUUGACGAAUAUCUUUUUAUUGAAAUAUAGUAUUCAUCAACAACAACAAAAAAUGGCCGAGUUCAUGGACACGGAUGAGUUCAAUUUGCUGAAUUUUUCGGAUCAAAUUUUGCCGAAAAUUUUCGUCCAUCUAAACGAUACCGAUUUGUUUACCGCAACCAAAGUGUGCAAGCGAUUCAAAGCGGUUGCAAGAGAUGCAUUCGCUUUGAAGUACAACGGUCAAUCGUUGAACCAAUACUACGUGGUGAUCGUAAAUUCGGACGAUGCAACGCAAGAACCGAGACCGUAUUGGCCAUUUUUCAACACUUUUGGCGACAAAAUGACGGCGCUGAACCUGAAUUUGCACAUUGAUUUUAUGCAUUGCUCGAAGAUGGUACGAAAUCAUUGGCUAUUUCGAACGAUCGAACAAAAAUGCAUCGCUUUGAAGAAGUUGAAUGUAACGUUGAACGGUGAAGAGGCUCCGAUCAGUUUGACGGGCAUGAUUCCAAUCUUCUCGAAAUUAACACAUUUAACACUGCAUAAGAUGAAGAUGAAAAAUUCAAAGUGGACUCUCAACGAGUAUCCCACGUUGAUUUGCUUCCAAGCGAUUCGUGUUAAAGGAUUCCAACAGCCAGACAUCCAUGAGUUCGUUGCGAAAAAUCCACAACUGCAACAAAUCUCGUUGGUGCGAUGUGAAAAAAUUGGGCUUAACGUUUUGGAUAAAAUGCAUGAUACAGCCAAAGGACUCAAGCUGUUGGAGCUAAUCACACUUGAUGGCGCAUUUUCAAGUGAAUUGGAGGCAAUCAAAAUGGAGAAAUUGGAAUCGCUAAAAAUUUCCGUGGGCCAUUCAACAAUCAUUGGUAUUUUGCAGAAACUGGCUCGGGGCUGUGAAAAUCUUCGGUAUUUGGAAGUGAUGCCUGUCAAAAUGGAUUAUAAAUGCGAAAUUCGAGGCGAUGUCAUCGAUGUCAUUUGCGCAUUCAGGCAACUUAUCAGGCUUGAUAUCUUUGGCCGCAAGUUGAAUAUGAAACUACUCCUCAUUUUGCUGCGUCGUCUGCCGAAUUUAUUUUCGCUUCGCAUUCGUGAUGAUGAAAAGGUCACAUUGACGCAGGAAAAUAUUCUGGAAUUAUUUGCUCAGGGUAAAAAUCUGGUCAGUUUUAUGGUGCAAAUCGUACAUUCCUAUCGGGUAAAUAAGAAUUUUUCGUUCGAUUUGGAUUUUUUCGAACGUUUCAACACAGUUGUCAAAGAUCGUAGCUACGCCAAAAUUGUUUGGGAUCAAUAUGAAAAGACUAUCAUAACCAAGAAGAAAAUCAUAAAAGAUGGUCGGCUAAUGCAUUGGAUUGGAUACGAAGCAGAUCGCAGUUUGUCACGCACGCACAUCUUGGAACUGCCCGACAAAUGCUUCCAGAAAAUUGCCCAAUUUUUGGAUGGUGAGAGUCAUCGUGCUCUGUAUGAAACGUGCCAAAGAACGAGACGGGAAGUUCAAGAGCACAUUUCAAAGCAGCUUUUUCAAAUUGAUAUGGAUAAAUUGACACUGGCCCAGGAUACAGUCCGUCGUUUUGGUGAUGAUAUUUCGAGAUUGGUGCUCAAGACACCGGCAUCCAAAAGCAAACCCGUCAAAGAAUUUUGGAAUUGUUUGAUGGCAAAAUGUGGUAAAAAACUGAUUGAACUCCACAUACGAAAAUCGCAAGUAGACGUUAUGAAAGGUCGCACUGAAGUCAAUUUUAUGAAGAAGAACAAUCAAUUCCCGAAUUUGACUAUGUUGGUGCUUGAAGACAUCCACUCCGUUGAUUUCAGUGUUUUCACUAUGUUCAAUUGUCCAAAACUCACACAUUUGGAACUUUACGAAUGUGAUAUCGAAUGUCCGUUCAUACCGAAUGAAGAUUUAAGCCAAGCGAACAUCUUCAACAAUUUGACAUCAAUUAAAUUGGAUCGAGUCGAUGAAUGCAUGGAAAAUGUAAUCAAAAUUAUGGACGAAGAGACCACUGGCCAAGUCAAAGAGUUCACUGUUGGUGGAUACGAAGAUCGAAAUAAAUCCGAUGACCUCAUGCAUAUGAUGCUGAUUAACGUUAUUUCUAGAUUCAGAAAUCUGACCACAUUGAACUUAAUCGUUGCUUACAUGGAAAAUAUGAACACGAUCAAACACUUGUUUGAACAUUGCAAUAAGUUAGUCAAGCUGUCGGUGGCUUUUGAACCAGAUUUUGAUCUAAACAACGCGAAACGAAUGUUCAAGUGCAUCAAGGAUAACUGUAAACGCAUUGAGAUUAUUCAGCUGAUUCAAAGAGCAUUUACAACCGACUCCGAUGGCAAUGAACUCGACAAUACAGAAGAGUUUGAUGAGAAAUUCCUGAAAAUGGUCUACGAUUUAUUCCCUUGUGCAACUCUACGCAUCGUUCAGAUUAACUACCACGGUGAUUGUAUACGGGAGAAACGGGUCACUAAUACAUGGACUAAAAUGGUCAAACGAUCACUUUGAAACAUUUAUUCUUUUUAUAUAUAUAACAUUACAAUAUAACAUGUUAUAUCAAUGAAACCAAAUAAACAUUAAAUUUUGUAAUUAAACAAA